AUGUUACCGAAGAACUGGACAACUAUCACUGAGUUUAUCAUUGUGGGAUUCCCUGGACUGCAUCCAGACUAUUACGGCCUGGUCUCUGCCAUUUUUUUUGUCGUCUACAUGACCACAGUGGCCGGUAACACUGUUUUCCUGGUCCUGUUUAUCACUUCGGAAAGACUCAGUAAGCCUAUGUACAUCAUCCUUGCAAACCUGGCAAUGUCUGACAUGUGUUUUUCCAAUGUUGCCUUACCUAAAAUCAUAGCCAGGUACUGGUUUAAUGCUGGAGCAACCCCUUUCCAUGCUUGCUUCUUCCAAAUGGAGCUAAUUCACUAUUUUGGGACAUUAAACUCUCUGAUAAUGAUGAUCAUGGCUCUCGAUCGCUAUGUGGCUAUUUGUUAUUCUCUGAGAUACCAGACUGUUAUGACUAACCGCAUCACGUACAUCCUAAAUGCAACAGUGUGGGUGACUGCCUUCAUCGCUCCCACAAUAACCACCCUGCACUCUCAACAGCUUCCUUACUGUGGCCCUAAACUGAUUGUUCAAUGCUACUGCGACCACAUCUCUAUUAUCAGCCUGGCCUGUGCUGAAAACAGCAAACAGAUAUUGGUGGCCUUGUGCGUAGCCCUGCUUGUGCUCCUUCUCCCUCUGGCCUUUAUCAUUUACUCUUACUGUCACAUCAUAGGGUCUGUAAUGAGGCUGUCGAGCUCUCAGAGUCGCUGGAAAAGUUUCGCCACCUGCAGCACACAGUUGUGCAUCAUCGCUCUGUUUUAUGUGCCUCGCUGCGCCGUGUAUAUAGCCAGUUUCCUGCAAAUCCAAAUCAGCAGAGAUUUCAGGAUACUUCUUAUAUUGCUUUACAGCCUCAUUCCACCACUGAUAAACCCCUUCAUCUAUUGUUUACGUACUCAGGAGAUCAGGAUAAUUGUGAGCCAGUGGGUGAGCAGGCAAAAGACCUUUAGAGAGAUGUCCAGAAUUAAUGUGAUCACUCUAUAA